AUGUCAUUUCUUGAAUCAUCUACUACCCCCAAUCAAACGGAGAGCAGCAUUAUUCUGGAUAAUGAAUCUUCUCAACACGAAGAAACAAGCAGUACAAAUUCUUCGGUGGCAAAUGAAGAGUCAGCCAAUCAAUCUACACCCUCCACUUCUUACGACGCGACAACCGUACCAGAAAAUACACAACAAUCCGGCUCAUCACAUCAAAUAUACAGGCGACAGCAAAGAAUAAAUAUGAAUCCUACAGACAGAAUGGUUGAGUACUUAGAAAAUAGAAGGAAACAAAACUCUAAUUAUGAGAAAUUUACGGUUAAAUGUGACAGUAUUGAUUUGUUGUUUUUGGGUUAUGCAGACUCUUUUAAAAAACUAAGCAAACGGACUCAAGUAAACGUUAAAUUCGAUAUCGCAAAAAUAUUGAUGGAAGCUGAGCUUAAUGAUCUUGAGACUGCUGAAAGAAACACAUCUUCACGUACUUCAAACUAUUAA